AUGCCUGAAGUGGUGGACGAGUUGAAGUUAUUCCUAACCAACUUGGCAAAAGGGUCCGAAUCAGUUGACGCGAAGGAUCUUCUGAGCGCAGGGAUCGCCGACAAGUCCGUCAUACAAAACAUUGAAGCCAAACUCGGGGGGAGUCCCUGGAAUGUGGAAAGAUUGAUAGAGCUGGGCAUAGAUACAAUUCAGAGUGGACAUGAAAAUGGAGACUACAAUGAGGAAGACAAUCAGGAGGACAAUGAGAAGGACAAUCAGGACGAGGAGGAGCAUGAACUGGAGCAGAGGCAAGACAGCAGCGAUGACUUGAUUUCCGACUUGGGGAGUGCUCGCGUGGUGAGGCGCCAAUUCGGGCCUCCCGUCGAUGCGGAGAGUUACGGGGGUGGCGGCGAACAGAGCGGUGCCCAGCCGGGUGAUGGCUCCUCCGAGGACUCAUAUGAUUUCACCGCUAAUCAGGCCGCUAGUCACACCGAUGACCACAAUGGCAGCCAGACAGUCCAGCGUUGUGAGCACCAGGGGGAGACUCCCAUGAAAGAAGCAGACUUCUUUCACACAAAUAUAACAUUGAAGAGCUGUUCCUCCAUUGCAGAAGAAGUAAAGAAGCAAGCACAACAGAGCUGCAUUAACCUUCACCCCGUGGUUAAAGAGUUCAUUUGUUUGUUAGUUUUUUUGUUUGCCCGCAUAAGGGAGGAGGGCGGACGGGCGGGAACUUCACGGGGAGACAACGCCGACCAGAGUGACGACCAGAAUGCCGACGUCAGUAGUGAUGGGAGCGGUGGAAAGAAAUGCAACGGAGGUGGCCGUGGCAGGAGAUGUAACAUGGUUCGAGGUGGGCGCACGGGACCCAGCCGGUAUGCACUGCUCCCAAAGGGGUCCACCGCAGAAUACGAAGAGCACCCCCCAGAUGUGUACCCGGGGAAGAGGAAAAAAAUAAGAAAAAUCAAAUACCUGAAUAGGUCUGGCCAAGAAUGUGCCUCCAUCUGUAAAGAGAUAUGCUGGAAGGAAGACCAAAGGGGGGAAGACCCUUCGUCGAAUUCUAACGGCACCAAUGGAGAGAGUGACGAAGAAGAGGGAAAUUUCCCCUUCAGUGGGUACUCAAAUGGAGAGCCUAGUUCAGGUGCACAUUACAGAAAUGAGCAAUCCUCUCUGAAGAGUCCCAAUACCUGCAAUAGGAGAUGUCACCAUGGAGAGGACAUGCAGUCUGUCCUGUUCACCUUAAACCGGAAGGAAGACGACAAAUAUCAAUACAACGAUAAGGACAGAUAUCAAUACAGCAUGGACGACAUAGAACAAGCAUUGGAAAAAGGAAAUGUAAACAGAGUGUGCGAAAAGAUCUAUAAACACAUGAAGAGAGUUAGCCAAAUGAAGAAUGACCAAAUGACACAGAAGAACAUUGACCUAAUUACAUCUCUCCUUUAUUUGACUUAUACUCAUCUUGGAUUGUCUCUCCUCAGAUCAAGGGAGGUGUUCCUCAAGUUGUGUCAUCUGAGAAAACAGUUUCAGAAAUAUAAGGAAAAAAGCAAACAAUUAAAAAGAGAGUUGGAGAAAAAAGUCAAAACAUACUACCAGAAGAUAAAAUCGAGUGAGGAGUGUACAGAGGAAUGCGAAAGACUUAAGGCUUCUUACGAGGAAGUGAAGAAGGACAACGAUAAGCUAAAAAGGUAUGACUUUAUUUUGCACAGAUUGAGGAUGAAGGUUCAUCUCUUAGAGGCGGACAAAGUUCUGCUGGCCAAAAGGAAAGAGGAGCUGGAACUUGUGGUCAGACGGAAAGGAGCCUACUUUGUUGGCAGCAGGCAGGGGGCGGAAGUGAAGGCGACCAAGGAGAAGGUCACCCAGAAGGAAGUCACCACGGCGAGAAUAACGAAGUUGGUGCCGAAGCGCCCCCCAGAGAGAUCCGGUCUGAUUCAGUACCCCUUCCAGAGUGACAAAGAUGGAGACCCCCUGCCGGAUGGAACACGAAAAUCGGAGGACAACAUUGGUGAGGAACAACAGGCGGUGAACCACAUUGUAGAGAUCUCCCCAGCUGAUCAGCACGCCGGGGAGAAACUAAUCUUCCCUCGAAAAUCUGAAUCGACAAAAGAAAGCGAAACGAAAAAAUCAGCAUGCCAUAUGGUAGAGAAAUCCAUACAAACAAUGGAAGAGAUCCAGUUUUGGGGGCACAGAAUCAGUCGGUCUCAUUCAUUGUGCAGAGGGAAGGAAGAAACGGGGGAGUGCAAUCCAGGGGGACUGACGGACUUAGGGGGCGGUCCUCCCUGUUGGGAAGAAAUGACCGAUGUGAUGGGAAGUGCUGCAUGGGAGAACCGAAGAAGGAAGGGGAUGACCUCGAAAAAAGGAAGACCCAGUGACCGCAAGGAUACCGAACGAAAACACACCUCACCAUUCGUGAGGGAUAUCCUUCGGACGUGCGGAAGAACGGCACUCGUCCAUGUGGAGUCCACUCACCUGGUGCGUUGUCUUCAGCUCCGUCCUCCGCUUUGUCUUCCACCCUUCAUGAGACACGGGGGAGACAAGGCGGUGUUGGAGAGGUUCCAUUUUGGUGAGGCUGCCCAGUUUGAAAAGAAUCCUAACAGGGGGUGCUUCCCUGCAGGGGUGGAAGCGGCACUGAAGGUUGGACUCCCCAAACAAGUGGUCACUCCCCUGUGGAGGAAAACCAUAAUUGAAAACUUGUGUGGAUACAUGGUGAGAAGUCACCUCAGUGGUGGUACACCUGCUUCCCAUGUGCGACUCCUUAACCAAUUAGCAGAUGUUUAUUGGCGCUUUAGUUUAUAUGACGAGGGGGUAGACGAAAUAGAAGUUGUGGGUGCCAACUCGAUUCGUCGUGGUGUCCGUUCCUUCAGAGACUUCCUGGAUCGACUCUCCUUCGAAACAAGUCGCAUUCUAAGUCACCUCCUCUCACAGCAGGAGAGCAUCGCACAGAGUUGGGAAGCCUUCAUUUCUUCGUUCUGUUGCCAUUUCUUUAGAGGGGAAAAUGAGCUUCUUCUAACGUGCCAUGAAGGCAUGUGUGCAGAGGGAGACGACUCCAGUGUUUCCGCUUUAUCCCUGAAAGGGGGGAGUGAGGACCGAGUCGGUGGGAUCCUCAGCGAUGAUUACCUCUUUAGGGAUCACUCCCUUGGCAACCAAAUCUUCUACCCUAAUGGCACCAUCACAGAAGCUAACACAUCAGAAGGAUUAAACUACUUUGGACUCUUCCCCCCCGUUGGUGUCUACGUCCGGGGGGUGACUCACCAUUGGGCAUCUACCCCUCACACACAAAGGGGGGGAGCAUUCCCAUGGAACGAAAUGGACCAAAGGGCAGAGACUCACACCAACAGGAAGGAUUCACCACUUGAGGGAGCAGAUCAACUUACUCUCCAUAGAGGUUCCCCCGUAAAGGAUAUCUACCCAAACCAUGAAAGAUUGACAAAAUUCUACGUGGACACAAAGACACACGUGAUGUACGUCACUGUUGAUGGCACACUUGGGGAAGGUCAGCUGACGGGCCGCUCGCCAAAUGAACAUAGAGAAUGGGAGUCCCACCCCCAGAUGGGAAGUAUCGCGAAACAGGCUGUACAUCACACAUGUCAGUGUUCUCCCCAACAGAGCAACAAUCCUAGUAGGAAGGUUCUGCCCCUGGUAUGGGAAUCCCCUUUAAGGAUGAAGAAAAAAGGAAGAGGGGUGGGACGCGCAAGGAGGAGGGGUGUUAUUAACCAAGGGGGGUGGAGACGACAAUUGUCCAACGUUGGAAACACCGGAGGGAUGAUCCAUUCGGGGGUGAGAAACCCCAUAGAAGAUGAUACUACUGAGCAACAAUCCAUACAGAUGCUCCGUCCGUGCAGCUCCACCAAGAGCGACGUGACGUGGAACAGGGGUGCAGGCGCUGUGGUCAACCUGGGAAGAGAGGCGUGGUUCACCAUACGGGGAGGAAAUAAACGGUUCUGCUAUCCGAAUGGCAGGGGAGAAUCCUCUCAUGGGAGGAUUUCCACUCAUGACGGAGGUCCCCGCGACCGCAGCAACAUUAACCACGUCAGUGACCUUAUAGCAAAGGGACACCGUUAUGGGGUCAGGGACGGAAAGAAGAAAUUCCUUUUGGUGGGGUGGCGAAAGAGAGUGAAAGCCUGCCACCGGGUUUUGAGAGGCACCUCCAGAGGGGGAACACGGAAGAUGGAAAAAGGUUACCUGAACGAGUGGGGCAACAGGAACCGGUCCUGCGAGUUGAUAAGAAAGAACAGAAUGUGGAUCGUGGCAAUUUCCCUGUUUUUACUUCUAAUUGUCUUGAUUGAUUCGUACCUUUUUGGCGGAUCAAUCCUUCUGUCCCUCUUGUAUUGUGUCUGCCUUGCCAUGCUCCUAACCGUUUCGAUGAUUAAGCAGUUAAUCCAUAUGAUGCACGUCCCAUUCAGUGAGAAGAUAUUAUCGCAGGAUUGGUUGGAUUUUCUUUGUGUUUAUUUCAUUCGCAUGGUGAAUCAUUUUCACCGCGGGUGGUAUGAGAGUGGCGAGGGAGUCCCGCGACCGUCCUAG